AUGCACUGCUUAUACUUUAACAAUAUGGCGCUUAAGUCUGGUUUGAGUGGCGGUAAAGAUUUAUUACUCGGGAUUUGCCUUCCUUCUUUAAAACACAAUGCUUCUAGAAUUAACGUUACUAAAUUGGAAUUAGAUGAAAAGUUGUUAAUGGUAAUUUAUUUACGAUUUUUCUUUGUCGAUCAAAGUAAAAUUUGUAAAACGGGUGAUGUCGUGUUAGUUAAAGAAUUAACAAAAAAGUUAUCAAAUUUAAUGACUCAUGAAGUUAUAAAAGUUAUUUAUCCACUUGGUGAUGUAGUUGAUCCAGUUACUGGCAAAAGAGUUGUGGGGUAUCACUACAGAGAUGAAAAUGAAAAAUAUAAUGCAGUUUUUGGAAAAGCUCCAAAUGCUUUUGAUUACAAUAAAGCAAAGAAAAGAGGUUGGCAAGAAGGUAAAAAAGACUUCAGUCAUAGGCAAGUCUACUUAAAAUAUAACGAAUUCGAAAAGGGAGAUGAAAAUGAGGAACAACCUUUUUCGAUUGAUCAUUAG